UCUACUGCACGAUGGUCGCGCAAGAAUGUGAUAGAGACUCGACGGCCGCCAUUUUCUUUCUUUCUUAGCAGUUGGCUGAGAGGUCUUCAAAGAAGCGGCAGCGGCUACUGUAGUGUAGCCAUGGCGGACUAUUCAACGGUGCCUCCACCCUCUUCUGGCUCGGCUGGUGGCGGUGGUGGGGGCGGCGGUGGUGGAGGAGUUAACGAUGCUUUCAAAGAUGCGCUGCAGAGAGCCCGGCAGAUUGCAGCAAAAAUUGGAGGUGAUGCUGGUACAUCACUGAAUUCAAAUGAUUAUGGUUAUGGAGGACAAAAAAGACCCUUAGAAGAUGGAGAUGGCUCUUGGACAAGUCCGAGCAGUACAACACACUGGGAGGGAAUGCCCUCUCCUUUUAAAGAUCAACCAGAUGCUAAGAAAGUUGCUCCUCAGAAUGACUCUUUUGGAACGCAGUUACCACCCAUGCAUCAGCAGCAAAGCAGGUCUGUAAUGACAGAAGAAUACAAAGUUCCAGAUGGAAUGGUUGGCUUUAUAAUUGGCAGAGGAGGUGAACAAAUCUCACGCAUACAACAAGAAUCUGGAUGCAAAAUACAGAUAGCUCCUGAUAGUGGUGGCCUACCAGAAAGGUCUUGUAUGUUAACUGGAACACCUGAAUCUGUCCAAUCAGCAAAGCGAUUAUUGGACCAGAUUGUCGAAAAAGGAAGACCAGCCCCUGGCUUUCAUCAUGGUGAUGGACCAGGAAAUGCUGUUCAGGAAAUCAUGAUUCCAGCUAGCAAGGCAGGAUUAGUUAUUGGAAAGGGUGGAGAGACUAUUAAACAACUCCAGGAACGAGCUGGAGUUAAAAUGGUUAUGAUUCAAGAUGGACCUCAGAACACUGGUGCUGACAAACCCCUUAGGAUUACAGGAGACCCAUACAAAGUUCAACAAGCCAAGGAAAUGGUGUUAGAGUUAAUUCGUGAUCAAGGUGGUUUCAGAGAAGUUCGAAAUGAAUAUGGGUCAAGAAUAGGAGGAAAUGAAGGCAUAGAUGUCCCCAUUCCAAGAUUUGCUGUUGGCAUUGUAAUAGGAAGAAAUGGAGAGAUGAUCAAAAAAAUACAAAAUGAUGCUGGUGUUCGAAUUCAGUUUAAGCCUGAUGAUGGAACGACGCCUGAUAGAAUAGCACAAAUAACAGGACCUCCAGACCGAUGUCAACAUGCUGCAGAAAUUAUUACAGACCUUCUUCGAAGUGUUCAGGCUGGUAAUCCUGGUGGACCUGGACCUGGUGGUCGAGGAAGAGGGAGAGGACAAGGCAACUGGAACAUGGGACCACCUGGUGGACUACAGGAAUUUAAUUUCAUUGUGCCAACUGGGAAAACUGGAUUAAUAAUAGGAAAAGGAGGUGAGACUAUAAAAAGCAUAAGCCAACAGUCUGGAGCAAGAAUAGAACUUCAGAGAAAUCCUCCACCUAAUGCAGAUCCCAAUAUGAAGUUAUUUACAAUUCGUGGCACUCCACAACAAAUAGACUAUGCUCGGCAACUCAUAGAAGAAAAGAUUGGUGGUCCAGUAAAUCCUUUAGGGCCACCUGUACCCCAUGGACCCCAUGGUGUCCCAGGCCCCCAUGGGCCUCCUGGGCCUCCAGGCCCUGGAACCCCAAUGGGACCAUAUAAUCCUGCACCUUAUAAUCCAGGACCACCUGGCCCAGCUCCUCAUGGUCCUCCAGCUCCAUAUGCUCCCCAGGGGUGGGGGAAUGCAUAUCCACACUGGCAGCAACAGGCUCCUCCUGAUCCAGCUAAGGCAGGAACGGAUCCAAAUUCAGCAGCUUGGGCUGCUUAUUAUGCUCACUAUUAUCAACAGCAAGCACAGCCACCACCUGCAGCUCCUGCAGGUGCACCAACUACAACCCAAACUAAUGGACAAGGAGAUCAGCAGAAUCCAGCUCCAGCUGGACAGGUUGAUUAUACAAAGGCUUGGGAAGAGUACUACAAAAAAAUGGGUCAACAAGGGCAGACACAAGAUUAUUCAAAGGCUUGGGAGGAAUAUUACAAGAAGCAAGGUCAAGCAGUUCCUGCUCCUACUGGUGCUCCACCAGGUGGACAGCCAGAUUAUAGUGCAGCCUGGGCUGAGUACUAUAGACAACAAGCAGCUUAUUAUGCCCAGACAAGUCCCCAGGGAAUGCCACAGCAUCCUCCAGCACCUCAGUGCCUUCCCAGACCUUCCACCUUAGGUUCUGCUGCAAAAGCAACAGGUAAGCACAACCUAAGGACAUAUAUAAAUAAAUAUUUCAGUACAUUAAUGUUGUCCCUGUGAGGUUUUUGUGGUUGUGUAUUCAGAAGCAAUCUGCCACUGCUUCCCCAAAAUGUAUUUUGUUAUUUAUGCUACCAUUUUAAUGGAAAGUCUGUAAGUUGUUCAAGCAACUGUUUACAUUUCUGGGUAAUGUUUUUUAUUUUAAUUUUUUUUUCGUAAAACAAAGUGAUGAGUAGAUUGCUGCUAUAAUUGAGCUGCAUCCAAAUCUUUUUGUAUUUUUUCCCCAAAUAUAGAAGUGUUAUAACUGAAAAAGGACAGUUACGUAGUUUUCAAGGUGUAGGAAAUCACUUGGUCAGAAACUUCAACAGCCUUCACAAUCUGUUUAUAUGAAUGACAGGACAUUUUCUUUGCCCUCCAAAGCUAUGAUUUCUUUAUUUUUUUCUUACUUUUGACUGUAGUAAUUCAGUAAGGUUAUUGUGGGUCAGUUUUAUUAUGAUUUUUAUCUUAGACAACUCAGUUUUCAUAACUUUUAUAUAUGCUGAAAAAAAAUAAGGAAUACUAGCAGUAUGUUUUGAUGAAGGCAUGUGCAUCAGUGAAAUGUUAACUGUAUAGCAAAUAACCUUUCAUAAUCUGUAGCAACCAAUAUUUUUCUGAUUUAUAAUAUUUUAAUAACUGACGCUGCAUUUUAUUUUAUUUUUUUUUUUUUGCCAGUUUAAAAUGUUUGUGUGUUCUUAUAGAUGAUUUUAACUGGUACAUAUUUUGAGUUAAGAUGAAUGUAUUGAAGCAGCAUCAUAUCAGUCUUGUUUAUAAGAUUUCUAAAAUGUGCUGAUCCUUUUAAAACUCCUGCUUAUCUCUACAACAAAGAAAAAUAUUCAAAAAUACUGCCUUCAUUUUCACACACAGUGCUGAAGAUGCUGCAAGCACCAAAUCAUAGCUCAUAAAAUCAGGUCCUGAGAUAGUUAACCAUAAAGAGGAAUCCUUUGAGUGUAUGCCAUUGGUGAGCCGAUGAGCAUGGACCAUAGAAGGGCUCAAUGUAGAAGGUAAAAUUGGCACAUCAUAAUUGAGAAAUAUGAAAUGUAUUCCCAUACAUAAUAUGGUAUAGGGUAUAAUGUACCUGCUUUUGAUCACUUUUCAUUUUAAAGUGCUAUUCACUGAAUCUUAAAUGUUCCAUGAACUGUUAAAUUUCUUAAGUUGUGUAGUUACUGCACCACAUUUAAGUGUAUAUGUGUUUUUAAUAGUCAAUGCUAGGUAUGUUAAGAUUUGAUGAUAGAAAGGGGCUCUUGGAAACUUAAGAGCCUGUCAAGUUUUGGGUAGUUGUAGUUUUCAUUUUUAUAAAAGAAUAUAUAGAUGAAUGCUAAUAGAUACUGGGACAUUGUUUCUAUCUCAUGAGAAAAUUUUUUAUUCAUUACCGUAAGCCUUCACUGAUAUAUAAGCAUUUUUUUUUAAUGAUGCUAGCCUUAACCUUGAAACAAAUGGAAAGCAGAAAAGGUGAGCCAGUUGAUUUGAAUGCAUUGGAUGUUAGGAAACAAUGUUUAGUUUAGAUUGAUUUAUUUAGCACUUAAAAAAAUUUUGACAGUAUGUUUCAGUUUUUAAAGACAUCUUAGUGUGGUGAUAGAGUUCUGUGGGUUAAUGUUUCUUUUUGAAGUGAGAAGUACAGUUUUAUUUUAUAAUUAAUGAAAAUGGUUUUAAUACUAAAAUUAGUCAUUUGAUACUAGUUUAUAAAAAUUGUAAAAUUUAUCCUUAACAUCUUAUUAAUUCAUAAAGAUGGAUUUGAGUAGGAAUAGCAGAGUACCUUCAGAGAGGAAUAAGAAUGUAUUCAGAAGUGAUAACAUUUCAUUUGUUUGAAAACUCUGCCAGUAGAACCAGUUCUGCUUAGAAAGUUAUGUUGUCUAGAAUAAUGGUGUAGAAUUUACUAAUCAGUGAGAAUGUCUUGUUUUCUACAAAUUUUGACUCUUGAAAAUAACCUGAGUUUUUGUUUAGUUAGUCACUUGUUUUUUCUUGGCACAAUAUAAACUUUUGAGGGAUUUUUAAAUUGGUGCUUUUAAGAAGCAAAUAAAUCCAAGGGUUUUAAUUUCAUCAGUGAUACCCCUAAAAAACUUAAAUGUACUUGCACAUAUAUAUAUAUAUUUUUUCUUAUGCAUGCUGAAUGCAUUUUCGUCCUGAGAAAAGUGUUCUCUGCAGAAACUACCCGUGUGUAAAAAGAAGAUUGGCUUAAAAUGGCUACUGUGAUGGGAACAGUGUCUUAGGGAGAUGCAGCUUGGACUUGAGGUAAAUUGAAUACUUUACAACCUGUGGUUUAGAGUUUGCUUUAAUGACAUUGUAUGUAAAAAGACACAUGAUUGCUGUAAUUUUGUAUUCAUUAUGGUUUCCUCAAUAAAAAAAAAAUAAAAAUGUACAUUGAUGAACAUUAC